GUGGACGUGUGUUAUGAUACGUCAUCGAAAAUGGCAGCCUCCUCUUGACAGCAGCUGAAUUCGAUCAUAGAUCGAGGGAAUUAAAAUGGUUCAUUCCGAAGAGUGCAUUAUAUUCCGGGUGAAGGGAAUCUUGGAGUUUGCUUGUCAGCUUGACAAUCCAAAUGGAGCACAAAGUGAUAACACCAUAUCAAAAAGUUUUCAGAACCUCCGAUCAAAAGUAUCAUCCAAAAAUAUCGUUUUCACUGUCAGUAACAGUCCGAUAUUAAUAUGGCCAAACAUGGGGUUCCAGUCAAGCAUGGAAAGCUUGACAGAAGCAUCAGCAUGUGGAGACAUUUUGCAGUAUAUAGAAUCAGAUGAUGGUGGGAACAAGAAGUCAUCAAAAAAGAAAGAUAAGAAAAGAUCCGGACCUACUGUAGUGAAUAUGAAGCUGUUGUUUGAGGUCACUGAUCCUGCUGGGAAUGAAGCUCCUAGUCUGAUGCGAAUGAGUUCACAGCACCACAGUGUGAAGAUGCCACUGCCUUUAGACUGUGUUUAUUCUGUGAGCGCUGAUGAGAGCUUGCCAACUGUCUUUACAGGUCUGGUAGAGGCGUUAAAUAAGCAGAUAGCAGAUAUGGAGGAGGUGGUGCUCCGGUAUAGGAAGGGCUCCUCUUUCCUGGUGCCACAGCCAUUUCACUUUCAGCUACCCAAACCAGCUGGACUUACCACUGUGAUUUACCCUGCAGGAGUGCCAGACAGCCAGCUACAGGCCAUCAGAGAGGAUCUGCACAGGAAGUUUGAGUUGUCAAUCGACAAGCCAUACCUGCGACGCGCCAAUGCCUUUCAUUUCCCUGAUGAGGCCUAUAAAGACGGUUACCUCCGUAAUCCCCACAUGCACCUGAACCCACCUAACAUUGAGGAUGCUAAGCUGUAUCUAGUGCAGGGUGUAUACAGUUAUCACCACUACAUGCAGGAUCGUGUGGAUGACGAUGGCUGGGGAUGUGCAUAUCGUUCCCUUCAGACCAUCUGCUCCUGGUUCCAGCAGCAAGGAUAUGUGGAGACGGCUGUUCCCACACACAUGCAGAUCCAGCAGGCUCUUGUGGAUGUUGGGGAUAAAGAGGCACGGUUUGUGGGUUCACGUCAGUGGAUCGGCUCCAUUGAAGUUCAGGCUGUCCUUAACCAACUGUUGGGCGUCACCUCAAAGAUCAUGUUUGUCAGUCAGGGAUCUGAGCUGGCAACCAAGGGCAGGGAGCUAGCCAAUCAUUUCCAGACUGAAGGAACACCUGUCAUGAUUGGCGGGGGAGUACUUGCGCACACCAUUCUAGGUGUAGCGUGGAGUGAGAACACUGGAGAAAUACGUUUUCUUAUCCUGGACCCUCAUUAUACUGGUGGAGAGGACUUGCAGAUCAUUACUGACAAGGGAUGGUGUGGAUGGAAGGGCCCAGAUUUCUGGGAUCAAAAUGCCUAUUACAACCUCUGCCUUCCCCAGAGAACCAAGACCAUCUGAG